UCAUAUACACAUGAUAAGGAGGGCAAGAUGGUCAUUGAAUUGAAAUUGGCGAUGGAUGUAACUUUCUGGGUAAUUACACAGCUAAUGCAUGCAACUUGAAUGUGAAGACCCACAUUUGCAUGCUAAUUGAUUGCUCCUAGCUAAGAAACCCGCCCUUGGUCAUCUCGAAACUUUUCAUAUGCGUUGCAGUAUCCCUCAAGUCAGAAUUUCUUCUGGAAGUGAAUGAAAGAUCAAGACAGUAAUUAUAAAGCAUCAAGACCCCAUUUGAACAAGAGUUUCCACUCCAUGCAAAAGAAAGAGAAGGAAGCAAGGAAAGAAGGGAGGGAUAAGGAAAUGGAAGGAAGUGGGACGAAGGAGGAAACCCUACCUCCUGGGUUCCGAUUUCAUCCCACAGAUGAAGAACUCAUCACUAGCUAUCUCAUCAACAAGAUCUCUGAUUCUUCCUUUACUGCAAGAGCCGUCACUGAUGUCGAUCUCAACAAAUGCGAGCCAUGGGAACUCCCUGGGAAGGCGAAGAUGGGAGAGAAAGAGUGGUACUUCUUCAGUCUGAGAGAUCGGAAAUACCCGACGGGCGUGAGAACCAACAGGGCGACCAACACAGGCUACUGGAAGACCACCGGAAAAGACAAGGAAAUCCUUAACAGUGCUACAUCGGAGUUGGUCGGCAUGAAAAAGACUCUGGUUUUCUACAAAGGAAGAGCCCCCAGAGGUGAGAAAACCAACUGGGUCAUGCACGAAUAUCGUAUCCACUCAAAAUCCUCCUUCAGACUACAUAACAAGCAGGACGAAUGGGUGGUUUGCAGAGUUUUCCAGAAGAGCGGUGGAGCCAAAAAGUACCCUUCCAAUCACACAAGAGGAGUGAAUCCAUACAGCCUGGACAUAGCUCCUAACAUUAUGGGACCUUCCAUGAUGCAUGUGGCGGAUCCUAAUUCUGCUCACUUCCUCUACGGAAGGAACUAUGUCAACAGUGCUUCUGACAUUGCAGAGGUUGCCAGGGUUUUGAGAGCAGGAGGAGGGGCUGCUGCUACCGCUGCUCUCAACCUUCCAAUGCAAUCCCAUGCCCAGUUCAAUUAUCCUCCGGCAGCUGCAGCAGGAGGAUUUACGAUUUCCGGCCUCAACUUGAAUCUCGCCGGAGGAGGAGGAGGAGGAACCACCGGGCUACCUGUUUUCCGGCCGAUGAACCCCCAUGAUGCGGGCUCCAACAUGAUGACAGCAGGGAGUGCUCUCAAUGGAGCAGAUCAUGUGGGGUACGGUGCUGCAGAAAUGAGCAACCCUAAUAACAUUGGUCCAAGCAACAGGUUCAUUGGGAUGGACCAUUGUGUGGAUUUAGAUAACUACUGGCCUUCCUACUAAGUUCAUAUGGAAGAAGUUCAUCAAUUAUUAGUUUUACCGAAAAAUUUUAUUAUAUAUGUACGUAACUGUGUAGUUGGAUAUCGUCUGAUCUGUGCCUUAAGGCUGUGCUUUUUCUAGUGUUCUUAUAAGUUGAUCAACUGGGUUCAGGCCUCAAAACAGAAGUUGAUCAACUACGUACUGAGUAAAUGCUCGCAAUCAUAGUAUUGUUCCUCACCAAGUUUUUAAUUAGCUUCUUGAACUUUCUUUAUAAUCUCAUUUAA